AUGUGGACUUAUCUUAGCUUAACUUUAUUGACUUGGAUGACAGUGUGCACGAAUGUAUCCGCACAAGAAUAUCUUCCACCAAAGAUAGGCAGUGGUGGCGGAGGCAAAAAACCAGCACCAGAGCCCACGUUGCCUGCCAACUACGACUUCUCGUAUGAUGUGUCAGACAACGCGGUAAAUCUGGACUUCGGGCACAACGAGAAGAGAAAGGACGACCGCGCCACCGGAUCGUACCACGUGCUGUUGCCAGAUGGCCGGACGCAGCUGGUCGAGUACGAAGCCGGCCCGGACGGGUACAAGCCACAGGUCAUGUAUAUGGGUACAGCGACGUAUCCUGCGGCGAACACGGGAGACAAAUUCGACGGGUACCAUUACAACGCUGCGUCGAACAGGCAGAGCGUGCGGCAGGCAGCGCCGCGUUCCCGCCAGCCGGCGACGGCGCCGCCGCCCGCGCCCGCUCCGCCCGCCGUCUACGCUUCCAGCAACGCGACGCAGUAG